GGCGCUUCAGCAGCAGAAGAGGCAGAAGCAGAGGCAGCGGUAGGCACAGAAGCGUCCCAAGGAGAGGCAGCCUCGCCGCGGACGGGAAGGGCUCCCUUUUCUCCCCGCUCCCAUCCUUCUUCCCCUCCGGGUGGGCUCCUGUGGGGGUCCUCCCCCCCCUCCGUUUCUCUCUCUCGGCAGCAGCAGCAGCCCCUCCGCCGCCGCCCUCCCACAGCCGCCUUUCCCCCUCCCCGCGCCCAUUGACCACAUGAGGUUUUUCAGGUUGACCUUCAAGUGCUUCGUGGAUUGCUUCUGAUCCCCCCCCUCCCUCCCCCGUGUGCUCCCGCGGACAGACCCUUCCUUCCUUCCCCUCACCUCCCUCCCCCAGGCCAGACCCAGACCCACGACUACAGAGAUCCCCCCCCCAAUUCCUCCCUCUUUCCAAGCCGCCUUCGCUUCGCCCCGAUCCGCCUGGAGGGGGGCGGCCGAGACUCCGGGGCUCCCCCCGGAGCGAUGGCGAAAGGGGCUUCUUCGGAAGGAGGAGGGGGAGGAGGAGGAGGAGGAGGCAUCUACAGCGUCUCCUCCGGCGACCAACUCGACAAGAAGUCGGGGGGCCCCACCGCUUCUGCCACCGUGGCCGUGAUGUGCCAGGGAGCCGGCAAAGGGGAGCCCCUGGAGCCCCAUCCCCUGCCGCCCCCCUUGGCCCUGCCGCCCCCGCAGAGGGAGACCUGGACCCGGCAGAUGGACUUCAUCAUGUCCUGCGUGGGCUUCGCCGUGGGGCUGGGCAACGUCUGGCGCUUCCCUUACCUGUGCUACAAGAACGGAGGAGGUGUGUUCCUCAUCCCUUACCUUCUUAUUGCCCUCAUUGGCGGGAUUCCCAUCUUCUUCCUGGAAAUUUCCUUGGGGCAGUUCAUGAAGGCCGGGAGCAUCAACGUGUGGAACAUCGCACCACUUUUUAAAGGACUGGGGUUUGCAUCCAUGGUGAUUGUCUUCUACUGCAACACCUACUACAUCAUGGUGCUUGCCUGGGGUUUCUACUACCUGGUGAAGUCCUUCACGGCCACCCUGCCCUGGGCCACCUGCGGGAACCCGUGGAACUCCCUGGAGUGUGUUGAGAUCUUCCGGCACGAAGACUGCGCCAACGGCACUGCCCAUGGCAACCUGACCUGUGAUGAACUUUCUGACAAAAGGUCACCCGUCAUCGAAUUCUGGGAGAACAAAGUGCUGAAUCUUUCAGGAGGCCUAGAGUUCCCUGGGGCCAUCAAUUGGGAGGUGACCCUGUGCCUCAUCGCCUGCUGGGUCCUUGUCUAUUUCUGCGUCUGGAAGGGUGUCAAGUCCACAGGAAAGAUUGUCUACUUCACUGCUACAUUCCCUUAUGUGGUGCUCAUAAUACUACUUAUUCGAGGGGUGAUGCUGCCUGGAGCUCAGGAUGGGAUCAUCUACUAUCUCAAACCCGACUGGUCCAAACUGGCUGCCCCUCAGGUGUGGAUCGAUGCCGGGACCCAAAUCUUUUUCUCGUAUGCCAUAGGACUGGGGGCACUCACUGCCCUGGGCAGCUAUAACCGGUUCAACAACAAUUGCUAUAAAGACGCCAUCAUCCUGGCGCUUAUCAAUAGUGGGACCAGCUUCUUCUCUGGCUUCGUGGUUUUCUCCAUUCUGGGCUUCAUGGCAGCAGAGCAGGGAGUAGACAUCUCCAAAGUGGCCGAGUCAGGGCCCGGACUGGCAUUUAUCGCAUACCCACGAGCAGUCACUCUGAUGCCAAUUGCUCCACUCUGGGCUGCCCUCUUCUUCUUCAUGUUGUUGCUCUUGGGCUUAGAUAGCCAGUUUGUGGGUGUCGAAGGCUUUAUCACCGGCAUCCUGGAUUUCUUCCCAGCCACCUACGCCUUCCGAUUCCAGAGAGAGGUCACUGUGGCUGUCACCUGCAUCGUCUGCUUCUUCAUUGAGUUGUCGAUGGUGACUGAGGGGGGCAUGUAUGUCUUCCAGCUCUUCGAUUACUAUUCUGCAAGCGGCACAACACUUCUGUGGCAGGCCUUCUGGGAGUGUGUGGUGAUCGCUUGGGUUUACGGUGCCGACCGUUUCAUGGAUGACAUCGCCUGCAUGAUUGGCUACCGGCCCUCCUCAUGGAUGAAGUGGUGCUGGAUGUUCCUGACCCCUCUCGUCUGCCUGGGCAUCUUUUUUUUCAAUGUUGCCUACUACAAGCCAUUGAUCUACAACAACAGUUAUACCUACCCCUGGUGGGGAGAAGCCAUCGGCUGGGGCUUUGCACUAUCCUCCAUGCUAUGUGUCCCUCUUACCGCCCUCUACAAACUCAUCCGUGCCAAGGGAACGCUGGCAGAGCGCUGGCACCACCUCACCCAACCCAUCUGGGGGUUGCACCAUUUGGAAUACAAGGUGCCCGAAUCCGAUAUUGGUGUCCUGACCACGUUGACUCCGGUCUCAGAUGGGAGCGCCAAAGUUGUCAUCUUGGAAAGCGUCAUGUGACCAACAUCUGCUCACUGUACCCUAACAAGAGGCAUCAUUUCUCUGUGCCACUCGACCCCUGGGUUUCGGUUGGGGUGGGAGGGGGAUGCGCGUCGCCUGCCACGAGCUAAGUUGGGGGGCGGUGCUCCCUAUGUGUUGGGAAACGGUAUUAUUGGUUCUUUAUCCACUUCCCACCUUUACCUCUCUGGGCCCAGAAUUAACCCUGGCUGAGCAGGAGAGAUAUAGCCAACCGCUUCGAUCUCUGAGCGGAAGGUGGGAGCUUCAAAGGCCAUAGGGGGGGUGGGAGGGACAGGGGGAAAAGAGAGCCUUAGAUUUACAUUUUUUUAAAAAGAAGAAAACAUUAUUUUUUAAAGAUAAAGUAUUUUAAAUUUCUAUAUAUAUACAUUAUAUAUAAAUAAAAUAAAUAUAUAUAUAUGUAUUUAGCCAAAUGCAUGGGAGGCAGCGUACCCUCCCACCAAAUGGGUUGUAUUUUUGGGAUCCAGAAUUCCUAAACUUUUAUUCCCCUGCUCUCUGCAAUGAUAACUAGCUUGAGAUGGGAGGCCUGAUUCCCAUCUCCAACUGGUGUGGGGCAUGCGGAGUCACAGAGGCAAUUGGAAACGCAAGAAGGGCUAGGAAGGGCAUUGGGAACAAGGACACCUGGGUGCUAGUUGCCAUUUUGGAUGGGGAGACAAAACCAGUAGUUUGCAGCAAACAGCUAGGACCCUCUCCUCAACUCUUUCCCAAUUGGGUUGAGUUGUUAAAUUAGCUCCUUCGGGUUGUUGUAGGUUUUUUCGGGCUACAUGGCCAUGGUCUAGAGGCACUUUCUCCUGACGUUUCGCCUGCAUAAAAACUCCAACCAUCACCCAAGUCAAAAAAGAAGCACCAUUAAAGCCUUGGCAGACCGUGCAAAAAGAAUCUGCGAACCCCACCUCCUCCAAGAAGAACUGAACCACCUCAACUGGGCUCUCCAGGCCAAUGGAUACUCCACCUCAGACAUCAGAAGAGCUGCAAGACCAAGAACAAGCCACGAGAGUAAAGAUGAAGAUCCACCCAGAGGAAAAGUGUUUUUGCCAUACAUCAAGGGAACCACUGACCGCAUAGGGAAGCUGAUGAGGAAACACAACAUACAAACCACCUACAGACCCACCAAGAAAAUCCAACAAAUGCUGCGUUUAGCAAAGAACAAGAGGGAUCCUCUCGCUUCUGCAGGAGUCUACCGUAUUCCACGCAACUGUGGACAAGUCUACAUAGGGAC